CCUCCCGGUGACAAGGGAAGAAGGGCGCCUGCAGCACUCCCGCACCCUCUCGGCGUUGCAAGGCCGCGCGCAACUUUCCCUGUGCUUGGAACGCGCCUGUCAAUCAAUCAGCUCCCAGGGGCCGGAGCUGUCAAUCAAAUAACUCCUAGGGGCCGGAGCUGUCAAUCAAAUAACUCCCAGGGGCCGGAGCUGUCAAUCAUAAUCCCAGCUCCCGGCUGCUGGUCAGAAGGCGCGAAUUUAAAAAAAAACAGCCACAUUUCCUGCGGGAAAACCCCGUAGGAUUUGCUUGUGACGAACGGCCUGGGGUUAUUUCCAACUCCUGGUGCAAUUUUCCAUGGAAGCAACUUAGAAUUGGGGUGGAUCAGAAUUUCUGGAAAAAAAAAGCACGUUUGAAUAUUCAGGAAUCUAGAUUUUCCAGUUGGUGAUUAAUCAAGACAACUCAUCACUGACAUUGCAUGAAGAAGAAAGCUGCUCACAAUAUCUAGUGACCUUGGGGCUGUGAAGUUUCCCCUUUCCAAAGAUCAGUUUGAAUCCACACCCAACAACAGGGAUGACAUCAAGCAAGGUUCACAUGGUGUGGCGCACAGAAAAUAUAUUGGACAAAGUCAGAAAAAUUCUACAGCAGAAAGGGUAUACAGAUAUUGAAUGCAUUGGUCAAGGUGGAUUCAGUAUUGUAUAUAAGGUGUUUCGCAGUCUUGAGGAGAGAACCUACGCCGUGAAGUGCAUCCACCUUCCGCACAGUAAGAGGUGCGCUGAAAGUGCUUUUCUAAACGAGGUGAAGAUCCUUUCAAAGCUAAACCACAGGAACGUUGUGCACUACCAUGAUGCUUGGAUUGAAGAAAUGGAACAUCCGGUGACUGCCGAAUGGAUCGAUGAAACUCAAUCUGAUCCUUGCAACAGCUCAUAUGAUCCCAUCCUGGCUACAGCACCUCCACCGUGUGACCACUCUGUAGAGUGGACAGACAGCGACGUAACUGAUUGCGCAGGCGACGAAGAUGAUCAAGCUUCAAUAUCUCCAGUUACAAAGCAGAAACUUCCAGCAGAUGUUGCCAGGCAAUUGGAGACGGGAAGCACUGUGUCUGAACACCUUAGUGAAGUUCAAGCAACUGAGCAGAAUGCUUUAAAGCACCCUGACGACAAAAAUUUGAAGAAGCUUAGGUUUCUUUUUAUUAAGAUGGAUUUUUGCAAGAUGACCCUUGAGAAAUGGAUCGAAAACCACAGCCAAGCAGACAGCAACUUCAAAAGCUGUUUGAAGAUCAUCAAGGAGAUGCUUCAAGGCUUGAGAUACAUCCAUAGUCAGGGUGUUAUACAUCGAGAUUUGAAGCCUGGAAACAUAUUUAUUGACCAAGAUGGAAGCGUGAAAAUCGGAGAUUUUGGUUUGUCUAGAUUCUGUACAUCUCAGGGAUGUGCAGAACAUAAAGCUUUCACCUAUAUACACAAAAUGGAUCAACAGAUGGAGCUCAGUACAGACAGUGAGAAACUCACAGCAAACAUUGGGACCUAUGGAUACCUGGCUCCAGAAGUUAAAGCAAGCCAUCACAAGGCCACAUACGACUCUAAGGCUGAUAUGUACAGCUUUGGAAUGGUACUACUGGACAUGCUGUUCCAGUGUACAGCACAGGAACGUCAGAAAUGGCGGGAUUGGAUUGGACAAUGUAACUCACAGAACUAUUUACAUGAACUUUCUGUUGACAAGCCAAAGACCUUACUUCUGCAUCCAGAAUUGUUGAGCUUGUUACAGACGUGUCGAGAAUUACUGCAGGAUGACCCCCAGAAGAGGCCCGGUGCAGAGGAGAUCCUUCACAGCAAGGAUAUGGGCCUACUGUCUGAAGAAAGGAGGAGACUGGAGGAAAUAUUGAAUCAAACCCUUUCAUCACCAGAUAAAGACACACACAGAGAAACCAUCAAGUUGAUUUUUGAACGGAUUGUUGGAAAAGUCUCCAAGGAUCAAGCAUCUGCCUACUAUCAUGCACUAAGUGAGAUCAUGGACCUGACCUUUACCAUUUCAUCAUCCAGAUCAUGGCAAAAUGUUGAAAGGAAACUUAGACAGAUAUUUCAAAAGCAUGGUGCUGUUCCUCUGGAUAUUCCUGAAAUUAUCCCGUUCAGUGUGGGAACUUCCUGCCGCUGUGAUAUCACAACAAUGCUAAGCAGCGAUGGGUACAUUUACGAAAUGACCCUGGAUCAUAAGGUGCCCUUUGUGCGUUUUGUCCACAAAAACAGGAUAAGUGAAAUGAAAAGAUACUGCAUGAAGAAAAGAUUCCUUCCAAAUGGGCUCCCUUACCAAAUACAAUGUACAUUUGAUAUCGUCAGUCUUGAACAGAACUCCAUCUUCUCGGUUGCAGAACUGAUCGAAGUUGUGUCCGAGAUUGUGAAGAUAUAUCCUUCAGCUGGGAAGCAAUACAGGAACCUGAUUAUUAGUCACACACUAUUAGAAGAAACUCUCUUCAUGAAUGGAUGUUCAGAAUGUGGCUCACAGAUUCACUGUGUGAAGCCUUGUUUAUCGUUUGAUGCCAUGUCCCAGCAACUGGAAAGAUUCGCGCAGCUGAUCCCACACUUUGACAAGCGUAUCAAGCAGUGCUGGGAAUCGUUGACAACUUUACAGAAGCUGUUUGUGGAUGCUCCUUUCACGGUACAGGUUGGAAGCCUGCGUGGCACAGAAGAAAUAAACUUGAAACAUUACGAAGGAUUGCUAUUUGCUUUGUACAGCACAGCUGGAUCUGACUUUCUGGUGUUCGGAGGACAGUAUACAAAACUACUGCGAAGUUUUGACGUCUCCUUUGCCGAGUUGCCUGAUUUGUCUGCUGCUGGCCUAGCCAUUGACCUUCAGAAACUUGUAGAAGCAGAGACAAAGACAAAGAAACCCGAAAGGAUGAUGGAUAAAAUCUGUAUUCAUUGCACUCCUGACACAAGUGUGGAAAUCUGUUUUAAGUUGGCACGGAAGUUUUGGGAAGCAGGGAUUUGCGUCAGAUUGAUGACCAGACUUCCUGAGAAAAGACUUGCAGCUGAAGAGGGAAGGAUAUUUGUUCUCCAGCCAGAUGGUGAAACAGACUUAAAGGUUUUGCUAUAUGACAGAGGAAAUGUUUCAACCAUAAAGAGCAUUGAGAAGUUCUUGCAAUGUGUACAGAAAGCCAGCAAGCCCACUGCAUCAAGCAGGCGCUCACCAAAGAGACGGCUUUGUUCCAAGAGGCGACGAAAAAUAUCCAGGCAGCCAUGUGCACUCAGAAAAUAUUGAAAAUUGUACAUAACUUACUGAUCGCUGAGCAACUGUACACCAUUAUCUGAACUGUACAUGUUCUUGCAAUUUUUCUCACAAUAUCUUUUGGCCUUGCUUACUUCGUUCUGGCACAGAUCAUAGAUUUGUACAGCACAGAAACAGACCGUUCGGUCCAACUCGUCCGUGAUACCCAUUCCUUUAACUGCCCAUAACAAUUAUGUUUUUAUCUGAAAGAGAUGGGUGUUUUCAUUGUGUGGAUCCCAAUUACAGUAAAUCAUAAAGCAGCAAGUUUUCGUGAGUUUACAAUAAAGAAUUCUGACACCUUUAUCCCAAAACAUAUUUAAGAUCACCCACUUGAUUGCACACAUGUACAUACACAAGGUUUGAUCAAAAGUUAAGGUAACACACUUCUCCUGUUCUCCAUGAGGUAGGUAUAGUGUCUUGAAUGAAAGUUGAAGCGAAGAUCUUGUACAGUAUCGGGUUCCCAGCAUGCCCUGAGGUUCCUUGUCAUCAAUUUUCUAGAUUGGUUCUCAGGUGAGCCUGAAGGGAAGUAGGUUGGGGCAGUCCAUUCCUGUCAUGGGAUCUCCUGCUUUCAAGAUAUGGUUGUGAAUUAUUUUUGACUAAUUUCUUUAUGGCUUACAGCUAAUUCAUGGUUUCACACCUUGACAAUUGAACUGUUGAUUCAAUGCCUUUCUGCUCAAACAGCCUGCAGGCAGCCUCUAGGUGAUUUUAAAGUCAGCAACACACGGUACCUGCAUCAUAUGACUGCUCCUAAGUUCACAAAGUUUCUUUUCCAAACAAGGAGAUGUGUUGUGUUGAUGCCAACAUCCUGUGUUGUGGAUUACACAUUGUGUUUUGAGACAGUCAUUUUCUGUGCUUUUGAAAGUCCCAUUCACUCUAUUGAUAGUACCCCAUUGAGGGAAGGACAUUGAUCAAUAAUAGCAUGGAACGUUCCUGUUUUUCCUUUUUGAUACAGGAGAGUGGUUGCAAUCCAUGAUGGAAGUCAGGUGACCCUUGAAUUACCAUCAUUUUAAGUGUUUUGUGUACAGUUUUAAUGCAUAAUAUUAGUUUGAAAUUCAGAACAGAAUGUGCCGUAAUUGUACAUAAUGGCGGCUACAAGGCAGAAUGAAAGGAGAAAUGAAUUAUGUUUUUAACAUCAUAAAUAUUGUAGAUACUAUUUUUUAUCACUUCUGGUUUGUAUAUUUUGUACUUUAACAAUUGUUGUUUAGACUGUCUAAGAAAACAUUGUAUUGUGUAGAGUUCCAUCAUAAUGAUCUCUUAAACACAGACCUUACAUUUCACAUAUUCAAUGCUGACUUGUCAAUAUGAUUCAAACUAGUGUGAAAUGUUAUUUCCUUUAUCUGCCAAGUACCAGAUACUAAUGUCAUGUAAGUGUGAGUUUUUUUACUAUAUUUUAUUAAGUAUAUAAUAUCAAUAUUGUA